CUGUUACCUGGACACACCGCAACUAGUUUCGAUUAAUACUCAUCAAACAUUGCCUCAACAUCCAAAGUUGGAAAUUUCAUAUAAAAUCUAUAAAUUAACACUGGAUAAAAUGAUAUAAAUAAGCAAAACCUGCGCAUUAUGCGAACAUUCUAAAUUUUAUGUAGCUUAAAACAAGACAAAUGCAUAUCGCCAACUUGAUCGUUUUUUGUAAGUAUAUCUACGCCUUUUAAUUCGAUUAAGAAAACUGAUACACUCGACGCUACAACUUGUCGAAGAAUCAUUAAAAAAAAUACAAUGUUUAAAAAAAUAAUUUAGGCACAGUCUGUAGGCGAUAUUUAAUUGUAUAUGCCUAAAAUUAUUGUUUAAUAUUAUUAAUUUAAUGUAAUAGCAAGGAAGUAAGCAUAGUUCAGGGCCAUAUUAAAAUCGAGGGCUAGUCUUUUUUUGUUUUGUUUUCUUCUCUUUUUUUUUUUUCAAAUUCUAGUGCAACUGGAUAGCCGUUUUUAGUUUAAUGUGAGUACGAACACAAUGCAAGUCCCUUCCGAGAUAUUAUAUAUGGAAACAUGAUUAUAAUUUGUCAUUACAACAGGUUAUGAUCAAUUAACUGUGAUUGCACCAAAAGUUCUAAAUGCAUUUUAGUUUUAGUUACCGACGACAAGGGCUCCUAGUAGCAUUUAGGCCUACAGUCAUAUUUUAAUCGGUUGGUUGUAGUGAAUAUACAGCUAGGGAGUUAAAAUAGCGGGCGUUCAGUAUCGUACUUACUUUACUGAUUGACUUUUUGACAGAUUCACUGAUGUCGUUCUUGGUGGCAUCGACAGAUGCUACACCGGUACCGACUCUCUCGGUAAAUACAUUCUUAAAAGAUAAUACAAAAACACUUUACAAAAUAGUGAAUGCUACGUGGACUGAUUAUAAAAUUAAUAGGUUUGGAAACGCAAGUUAUUCCACGAACAAAAGUCAUCAAGGACUUACACAAAGGGCUGAUAUUUAUGCGAGAAAUAUGACGAUGAACGGGCUCUUUGCAGAGUAUCAUAAUGACCUAACUGGUUACAACGCCAGUAUGAAGUGUUUUCAUGAUACAGAGGUGUUGAUUGCGCUGCCAAAUAAUUAUACACACGCUUCUCAACAAAUUCUUACAGCGAUUCAGAGUGUUCAAUCCGAAAUUUAUAACUACCUUCAACCAUGGACUAUACCUACUGGCAGUGUACCGUUCACGUGUACACGAUUUUCAAAUAAUAACACACGAAUCAACAGGAACGCGGUAAUAAUCGAAAACUUCUAUUCAUUUAUGAUUCCAUUCUAUGAUGACGUCUUGAAACUAUACAAUAUGUAGUGAAAUGCUGUCGAACCCGUAAAUAAUAAUUUUAAAAAAAAACAGUAACUUCUUUAAAGAAGGAAUAAUGUAAACCGAUUCCACGGUUAUUUUAUCAAUGUUUUCAAUGAAACGUAUAAAACUUGUAAUAGUAGUUUAAGCUUAUAUUUUCUCAAAAGGACAUGCAUGUAAUUUAGUAAGGCUUCGCUCUCUUAAGUCAAACAGAUAUUUAUCAACAACUCAACGUACUAUAUUAUUUAUACUGUAUAAUAAAGUUUCGAAGAUAAUUUAUAUUUAUCGUAAAUUAAUGCCACGUUACUUUCACCGACGUAGAACAGAAUGUUUUCAAUGAAACGUAUAAAACUUGUAAUAGUAGUUUAAGCUUAUAUUUUCUCAAAAGGGCAUGCAUGUAAUUUAGUAAGGCUUCGCUCUCUUAAGUGCAACUCAAACAGAUAUUUAUCAACAACUCAACGUACUAUAUUAUUUAUACUGUAUAAUAAAGUUUCGAAGAUAAUUUAUAUUUAUCGUAAAUUAAUGCCACGUUACUUUCACCGAC